AUGCCUCCCAAGAAAGAUCCAACUGCGACGAGCGCUGGGGAUGAUCCUCUGGAGAAGGCCGAGGCAAAGAAAGAAAAGGGGGCCGCGGCUACUGAGGGCAUGGUUGGAGAAGACGCCUUAGAUGCCGCCAUUGGCGAUGAAGCGGACGACAAAGUUGCAGAGAAGACAUCGGCUGAAGAUGACCCGCUCGAGAAGGCUGAGGCUAAGAAGGAACGAUCUUAA